GUCAUAAUGAUAUACAGGCUAUAGGGGGCAGCAUACAAGCUCGUGCCUGGUAAAAAGACCACACAACCACAAAAAAAUACCACAUCUGCUUCACUUCACACAACGGUUCCGCAGUUGUUGUAGGCAUCUGAAGGACAUGCUUUAAUGUAAGCUACAGUGAAGUCAUGGAAUCAUCAACCAACCCUGAGGACUCGGACUCCACAUUAAGACGACCAAUGAAUGCCUUCUUGUUGUUCUGCAAGCGUCAUCGUAGCAUGGUAAAGACCGGCCAUCCAUGGCUAGACAACCGAUCUUGCACCAAGAUGUUGGCUGACAUGUGGGCAGUCUUAGACUGGGAGGAAAAGUCCAAAUAUCUGCAACUAGCCAAAGAUUGUAAGUUGGCAUUUAUGAAGGCACACCCUGAUUAUAAAUGGUGCGGCUCCAAUAAGCAGAACACGAAGGGCACCAGUCCGGCCAUGCGAACAAGGAAAUCACCAAGCAAAGCUGUGCAGAAGACCAAUAGUGUAGUCUGGUCACCAGACUGCUGGUCACAACACAAUGAUGUGUCGCCUUUGAGUGGCAUUUCUGCAGGAAAGCUCGCUGAUCCAUGUGAUAUGGGAGGAUUGAGUUUAUUAUUACUCGCUGGUGAGCAAUCGAUGAGUAAACCAUCCAACGUGAGUCCUGCAGUAUCACAGACACCACUGUCACCCAAGUCCAGACUCUUUGAGUUUGCUGAGAUGUGCUCAGAUCAGCUGGACAUUGAACGGAACUCUGAGAAACUCGACACAGAUGAUGAACCUUCACCACUCUACAAGACAGACUACAAUGCUAACUGUGCAUGGAUCAAUACAUCCAAUGUGAAGCAUGAAACAAUUACCAAUCUGGACACAUGUGUUGAGGAGAAUCAGAAAGUAUCCAAUGCAGCUACAGACAAUCACAGCACGAGACGUGCAAAGGAUGAUUGCCAACACGUACAUGUACCCACAAGGGAAACAACAGUCAUGAAACAGUCAUCGACUCUCAUGAAAGAGUCACAGACUCUCAUGAAACAGUCACAGUCACUCAUGAAACAGUCACAGACUCUCAGGACAGACGUGAAAGUUGAAUCAUAUAGCAGUCCAUGCCAGACAUUCAAGUUCAAUAAUGGCAUAGAUGAGAAGCAGGGUGUGGACGUGCAAGAUCUGCCAUCUUGUAGUGAUGCAGAUAACUGGAUGGAAGAACAGUAUGCUAGAAGAACUUCAUCUAGGUCUUGUAAGGGACGACUCUACAGAGAAUUUGUCAUGGAAGGCAUGUUGGAGUCACUGCAGAGACCAGAACGGCCAUUCAAUUGCAAGAAGACAUGGAGGCAUCCAGACGGUUGCAGCCUUAGCGAUGGGGAUGACGUGGGGUUCCAACCUAGUCCUGACAAACCGAAACGUCCCAGCAGAAGAAAGGUCCGCAAAAGAACUGUCAGUGGUUGCAGUUCACUCCCACACACGCUGGAUUUUGACUAUGGUGAAAUUGACGUGGAGGCCCGCCUUGCUUCUUUGCCCCAAUACUCCCCUGAUCAGUUCAAACCUAAAGGCAGAUGCCAUCGUCUGAAGAAAUCCACAUGUCUCUAUAAGAAUGCUACAUUUGUCAAAAAGGAAGGCCGAUGCCCUGCAAGACACAAAGGGCAAUCAAAGAGCACAUGCAGUUCAUCAAAACAGGUUGGAGUUACUGGAAGCCGUAAACGCAAAGCCCCCAAGUCCAGCAUUCACCAUCUCACACUGUCACACAAGGAAACUUCAUCUCAAGUCUCGCCAAGUAUCUCGGGCAAUCUUGGGCAAUCAGUUGUCAGCAAUCAGACCCCACUAACCUGCAAACCUUGCACAGCAGUCAGCAGUCAGUCAGUGCAGAUACAGACAUCCCACAAGAGAGAAAGUAUCGGAGGCAUUGUCAAUGUAUCAGGGGUGGUAACCCAAGCAUUCACAAGUCCCUUGAUAACUGAUUCCCAUCACCUGCCAAGAACCACAAGCCACGUCAUGACAGCUGCUUCCUCUCUGCACCGAUCAGUACUCACUGUAUCCUAGCAACAAUCAUCUCCAAGGUUUGGUCUAUCGCAUGAACCAGUAGCAGUUGUAUUCUUGCCAAUGUGUUCUCUCGAGACAUGGUUUUAAAAACCAUUCAGUUCUUCAAUAUCUAGUUUACUGUUUUAUCUUUACAUUUCGUUACCAUUUAAACUCUUC